AUGGCAGAAUCGACCCCUCACCCAAAGUCCAUCCUUCGAGGCCACAAAGCCCAAGUGCACGCUUUGUCCUUCGUCCGCGGCAACGAUCGUUUAGCCAGCGGAGAUGCGGAAGGCUUCGUCGUCCUCUGGGACCUCACCAUUAUGCGCCCGACGGCCGUAUGGAGGCCACAUGAGAACGCAAUUUUGGGGAUAAAGGGUUGGGGAGGCGACCGGAUAAUAACCCACGGCCGGGAUCAUAAGCUUGCCGUCUGGCAACUGGGCCUCAAGGAUGAAUCUCACCUGAGCAAGAAGCUACCUCUCGAUGAGACAGCAGAGCCACGGCCACAGCCUUGGCUUUUGCAUCUCAUCGACGUCAACACCAUGAAUUUCUGUUCAUUCGCAUCAUGUGCUCCGCUGCCUGGCGAAGACGCGUCCGAGUCUUCGAACUUAUUACUAGCAGUGCCAAACACUCUGGCGUCGGAAUCGGUCGACAUCUACGAAUUACCGUCCAAGAAGCGACUUCACACAAUAAAGUCAACAGAGAAGAAUGGCAUGGUCAUGGCCCUAGCCCUGCUGUACGUUGACGUACCCGGGUCUACACCGUCAUCCACCAAUGGUCGUUUGACCCUCGUCGCCGCAUACGAGAAUGGGUUAGCAACGGUCUUGCAGCUCAACAGUGGGACUUGGAAUACUACCUACUUGUCUCAAGUCCAUAACCAGCCCAUCCUCUCCCUCGACGUCGUCGCGGAGCAAGGCUACUUUCUUACCUCCGGUGCAGAUGCAACAAUCGCCAAACACCCUAUUCCGGGCCCUAAUCCGGGACCUAACGCCGAUAUUGGUGGGGGCAUCAUCCAGCAGCCGUUGAAGAUUCUGAACACCAAGCAUUCGGGCCAGCAGAGUUUGCGCCUUCGGGACGACGGACGCAUCUUUGCUACCGCUGGCUGGGAUUCCAUGAUUCGUGUGUAUUCCUCCAAGACGCUCAAGGAGGUGGCAGCUCUCAAAUGGCACCAAGUGGGAUGUUACGCGGUUGCCUUGGCUAGUGUCGGCGCGACAUCCCGGACUGAUGAAACCAGAAGCGCGUCCAGCGAUCCCAAUCAGCUUCCCCACGAUCUUAUCUCUCGUCCAGGACAACAGCAGCUCAGUGUCAAGGACAGGCGCAUCCAGCAAGCUCAGAAUGCUCACUGGCUGGCAGCUGGCAGCAAAGACGGCAAAAUAUCCAUUAAGACCUACUGUGAUGGACAACGCUUAGCGCGGAGCCAAAAACAUGAUAUUCCUUUCAAAGGUCAUUGGAGGCUGGACCCGACCAAUUCGGCCCGUGUCCGAGAGGUAGCAAUUGGCGUCCCUCGAACAAUGACCGUCUGGUUAAUGCACCAACUUCUUGCGUUCCCCGCGUCUAGGAAGCUCGCCCAUAUCGCCAAACUCUCCUCGUCGAACAAGGUCAAAGCAAUCCAGCUCCACGUUAUCGCUGCCGGAGAGAAAGCAACUGCGAGCCCCGGCAAGCUCUGGUGGCCCCUGAAGGUCCACAAGUUGGCAGCAUGCAAUGUGACAGACUCUAUUCAUCUACUAUCACCCAUCUUCCGAGCGGACAGACUAGCCGAGAUGUCAGUCAUCGGCCAGGAAUACAAGAAUGUCCCCACGUUGGGAAUGAAUGCCUACGCGGCGCCCUCCCUGUUUCAACCGCACAAGGCUCGUCAAGCCAUUCGCGAUGCCCACGAGAAGAAGAUCCCCCCAUUGAUGUGCUAUUAUGCUGGCCUCAGUUCUCUCCCCAUCACACGCUUCCUUGCCCCUAUGGGAUACGACGCAGUUUGGAUUGACUGGGAGCAUACGUCCUGUAACGUCGAGACCAUGACAUCGAUGGUCCACGAAGCCAUCUUCAUGAGCCAGGGACGAACCAUCCCGUGGGUUCGUGUUCCCGGCCACGACCACGCCGCCAUCGGCUAUGCCCUCGACUGCGGUGCCAGCGUCGUCAUCCCCCAGGUCGAGACGGUAGAGGAGGCCAAGCACGUCCUUUCCGCAGCCAAGUACGGCACCAAGCAGCGCGGCACACGCUCUGCUCCCCCCUUCCGCCUCAUCCCCUUCCUCACCGACACCCCCUACGAUCCCAACCGCGACAUCCACAAGUGCGUCAACGACCAGGCCGCCAUCAUGAUCCAGAUCGAGUCCGCCGAGGGCGUGCGCAACCUCGACGCGAUCCUCACAGAGUGCCCCGACAUCGACGUCGUCUGGUUCGGCACGCUCGACUGCCGCGUCAGCAUGAACCUCGAGGCCAAGAUGGGCGGCAUGGGCGCCGAUGAGCCCGAGUGGCUCGAGAUCUCGAAGCUCUUCUUCGAUACGAUUGACAAGCAUGACAAGCCGUAUGCUGGCUUCGCGUUCUGCGCGCCGCCGUACGGAAGCCCCGAGAAGCUUCGGGAGGCGGCGAAGAGGAUGAGUCUUAUUUCCAUGUCGGCUGAUGUGCUUCACCUCGGUGCGUUGGCUCAGGAUUUGAUGGUUGCUCGUGAGACUAUUGGUCCCGUUGGUCAGGAGAACGGCAACGGGACGAAUGGAAAGGAGGCGGAGAAGACUGAGGAGACUGAGCGAGAAUCUUGGAUCACGGAUGAUGCCACUCAUACUACACCAGAAUUCCCAGCCAUGUUGAUGAUGCCAAAAGUUCCGAGCUGCAAUUUCGAAUGUUUGAGUAACUUGGUUAUAAAUGACGGAUCGCCCCUCGCGAUUAUUCUCCUUUCGCUACCACAGACAAUAGGCGGAGGGGGUAUCCCGGAAGUCGAUGAAAUGGGUUCGCAGAACUACGAUAGGCUUAAAAGUAGUCUCGUUGCUCCCCAGGUCAUCCUCGGCUGUUUAUUUAAAAGGGUUCCGAUUCAGGGGCUUGACAUCCACGAGCCUGACCCCGUGUAUGAAAGCAUUUACGAAGGCUUGGCCGAAUCAGACGACGAAUCCACACAAUCCUACUUAUGCUGCAAUCAUGGCGUCUCGGCUAGCUUGAGCCAGAAUGGCCGCAAUUCAUUUCGUGAAAACCGAUAUGCCAAGGGAAGCCUCUUGAACAUCGACAUGGCCGACAAUGCCGACCUGGGAGGAGGUGCCAAGCUAUUGAGCCAACGAUGA